AUGCCCUAGUUUUUCCUUCGCAGCAGCAGCCGUAAGAGCAAGGCUUUGGAGCUUAGAGAGAGAGAGAGAGAGAGUCCAAAGCUGCAAAAAUGGUGGACAAGGGCAGCAAAGGAAGAAAGGAAGAGGUUGUUACAAGAGAGUACACCAUCAACCUCCACAAACGCCUUCAUGGAUGCACUUUUAAGAAGAAGGCUCCAAAGGCCAUAAAGGAAAUCAGGAAGUUUGCCCAAAAGGCCAUGGGAACAACUGACGUCAGGGUGGAUGUUAAGCUUAACAAGCAUGUCUGGAGCCGUGGGAUUAGGAGUGUGCCAAGGAGAGUUCGUGUCCGCAUUGCCCGUAAGAGAAAUGACGAAGAAGAUGCGAAGGAGGAAUUCUUCUCACUAGUCACUGUUGCAGAGAUCCCUCCAGAGGGCUUAAAGGGAUUGGGCACCAAGGUCAUUGAGGAAGAAGAUUAAAGAAUAGCCUACUUCCCUAGAUCAUAGUUAGGUUGCUCCAAUUUUGGCUACACUUGUUUCAGAGAUUUUUUUUUGUUUGGCUUUGGAUUUUCUUGGGACCAUCUCCAGUGGAGAGAAAAGCAUUAUGGAAUUUUAUUUGAUCUACUUAUUCACCCUGUUCAAGUUAUCAGUCUUUCAAUGAGAACUUAUAAAUUGUGUUAUGAUGUGAAACAUAGUUUAUAUUA